CCUAUACUAGCUUUGUUGACUUCAAAGAUUGCUUGAAAGUUCAUUCCAAAUAUACUCCACUUACUUAUCUCAAAUAGGAGUACAAAAGCAAUGGGGUUAAUGAGACUAGUGGGGAUAUCCGAAGCAAAGAAGAAGUUUGGAAGAACAAUGUGUCCUAAAAAAGGAAGCAUUAAUAACCUUUGUACGAGAAGGAGGAAAAACGAGAGUAGCGACGAAGUUGUCGCUCCGAAGGGGCACUUUGCCGUGUACGUCGGCGAAGCACGACGGCGGUUUGUGGUUCCGAUAGGGUACUUGGGGAAUGCAAUGUUCCAGAAUUUGUUGGAUUGGGCUGAGCAAGAGUUUGGGUUUGACCAUCCCACUGGCGCUCUUACUAUACCAUGUAGCGAGGAUUACUUCAUAUGCCUCUCUUCACUCCUUAACUUAGCUCCCAAUCAUAGUCCUAGCUUAGCCUAGCUAGCUCACAUAUAUCUUCUAUCUCCAUCUCCUUCAACAAAAAUGCUUGGUGUAUACAUUUUUGUGUACACUUUUCGUACAUUCGUCUGUCUCACGCACAAACAAUUGUCUGUCCACAAACAACAUUUUUGUGUAGAGUUGUUUGUGGACAGAUAAUUGUUUGUGCGUGAGACAGACGAAUGUACCAAAGAUAUUCACCAAAAUGUGUACACCAAGCACGACCGCUCCUUUAAUUGGUGUGUAACGAAACCUUCAAGUAGUAGUAGUAAUUAUUCAUCAGAUAUAUAUUCGUGACCACAAUUUUGACGUGUACGUUUGACUUUCAACUUUCAAGGAUGAAUGAAUGAAAAGAAAUUGCUUAUAUAGAACACACAAAUGC